GAAUAGCAGUAUAAUAGCAAAGGGGAGGAUCGGGGAGGAUGAAUGUGUGAGUGAAGUGUGUAGGAGGUACUGGGAAGAAAGGUUUUGUGGUAUAAAUUUUUGUGUUAUUUGUGCAGGUUUUGUUUUUAACGAUGGCCAAAAAUACAUCUAGUUCUGCAUUCAGGAAAAUUGAUGUUGAUCAGUAUAAUGAAGACAAUUAUAGAGAAGAGGAACAAGCAGAAUUACUGUCAACGCCUGUUGGACCAGACGAAGCAGAAGUUACAGCCUUAAUGAACCAGGGGCGACAUAUUGAUGCUUUGAAGGCUGUGCUACGAAAUGCUCCAUUAGGAUCAAAAAACCAGCAAAUCAAGGACAAUGCUUUGAACCUAACAUUGAGAGUGUUGCUGGCAAUCAAAGCCUCCCAAAUUGAACAAGCUGUAGGCUCACUGGACCGAGACCUAGUGGAUGUGCUAAUGAAGUAUGUGUACCGAGGGUUUGAGUCACCAUCAGAAGGGAGCAGUGGUCAUCUUCUCUUGUGGCAUGAAAAAGCAUAUGUUGUUGGUGGUGUGGGAAGUAUCAUGCGAGUUCUUUCAGACACUAAGCGAGCAUGAAUAACUUGAACAGUCAUGGCACUUAAAAUAGUUUCUAAUAAUUUGUCAUUUAUUUUUCAUGUACAUACCAUUCCACAAGAAUGUAUGCAUGACUCAGAGUGAAAGAAAAGACAGUGUUUAUGUAUGAGAUGUUUAUAAAAUUUAUUGUUAUAAAAUUCUAAAAGACAUACAGUUUUUAUGUCCAUGAGUUAUAGUCAUUAUAUCAACAGUGUACAGUCUUUUACCAGUCAAUGAAAAUGGUUCUGAUUUAUAUUUAACUGUGUAGAUUGAAGUAUUUGUACACAAGUACCUUAUGAAAAUGUGCUUUAUAUUAACCAUGAGCAAGGUGAAGACAGUUCAACCACACACACAUAUGUAUUAUAUUUUACAGUUCUAUUUUAUAGUUUAUUUAAAAUAUAAAUAUUUAACUAACUCAGCAGUGCAUGCGGUUUAUCAGUGCAUAAGAUACAAAAAUAGCCUUUGCUUGGAGUAUAAGUUCUCUUUUAUUCUUCUGCUUUCUCUUCCUACAAAGUAUGCAUAUCUGUUGAAUACCUGAAGAAAGGAUAGUGGAAUAAUGCGUGACAAGUAUACAGACUCAAUUUGAAUAUUGUCAGGCUGAAACUGAUAUUACAGUCUGAGGCUGAUGACCAUCACACCUCUUCUAUGGUGCAGAUCCAAGGCACAAACCUCCAUUGUUUGGUCUUUGUAUCUGUAGCCAGAGAUUCUAACAGAAUAGCUGUAAUUACAUUUAUAAUAUGUUACUGAUGUGUUACAGCAUCCAUACAUUUGUCAUGUUCCUGAAUGCUUUGUUCUUUGCUAUAUACUGUAAGUUAGCUGUUCUACUUGUUCUUUGUACAGUAUGACCAAAUAUAUAGGUGUAUCCAUCUGUGCCAUUUA